AUUCCGUCUCCGUGAACCGUGUUUGGAAUUUUGGGAAAGUGUUGUGAAAGUUUGUUUAGUGUUUACGAUUUUUGCACGGAUCUUUCGGAUAUUCCGCAGGAUUUUUCGUAAAUUUUCGAUUGCUACGGCGCUGUCCCACUUCCUGAACGAUGAGUGCAAAAAAGUACCUUAAAACGGUGCCUCCGCAGCCCCCGGCCCAGCCCGUAGUGAAAACCGAGAAGGAAGAACAACUCUGGAAUGCUCUCAAAAGGCACAUCAUGAGGGAACGCGAACGCAAGAAACAAGAGCUGGAAGCCGAAGUUGAGGAGGAACGACUCCGGAAGGAGCGAGAGGCUCGCGAAAAACAAGACGUAAUGACUUUAGGCGAAACCAAGGAACAGAUCCAGAUGCUGGAGAAGCAACUGCAGGAACUGCGCAACGAGAAGCAGCAGCUGUUUCUCCAGCUGAAGAAAGUUCUCAACGAGGACGACAAUCGGAAACGGCAACUGAAGGAGUCAGUUGAAAUGUUUGCGGUGCAUAAUAUUCCGCAACAGCAAACUUAUUUGCCGCAAAGGACUACCACUGCAAUGCCACCUCAUCAGCAGCAUUUGAUCCAUAAGACUACACCCCCGGUAAACGUGGCCAAACGCACGCACAGUCCCUCGCCGCAAGGCUAUUACAAGCAGACUACAGCCAGCCCAGCGUAUCCUCCUCCACAACCUCAGAAACUCGAGGAGGGCAGACGAGGCCCGGGUGAAGUGGCCCGUGCCGUUCUGUGGAACAAGUCGCAGUACUGCCCACCGGGAACGCUAUUCUAUCCGGCCAAUGCUCCACAGCCGCCGAACCAACCGGACACGCGCCAACCGCAGCCACAGAUUAUCUAUCCGCCCUAUCAGGGCGGCCUGCCUAUGUCAAUCCGCCAGUCAUAUCAAGUCGAUUUAGCACCACAGCCAGGUCCAGCUCCACCUGGUCCCCAGAAAGCUCCCGAACUGAUCAAACCUGGCCCGGGACCUGGUCCGGCACCUGGCAAUGUGUACCAUAUUACACUUGACCAACACGGAAUGCCUCAGCCGCCGCCAAAUCCAGGACCUCCUCCUCAGUUGAAGGCCAUCACCAUCGAGAAAAUUCCACAGGAUCGCGGAGUUCCCUAUCACAUUGAGUUGAAGCAUGACGAUCGUAAGGACCUUCGUCAACCCCAGCCACCACCACAACAACCUCCUCCACCCACAACGCAUCUACCGGAAGGGAUCGUAUAUAACCCCGCACUCCGCCCGGGAGGCAUACCAAUGCAUGCAAUCGCUUCCAACCAACAAAUGCCAAAAGGAGGCAGUAUUACACAGGGCUACCCACCGGCAAGACCACAGCAAAUGCCGAACCCCCAGCAGGCGCAGAUACACUAUCAGAGACAUCGCUAUUGAGCGGCAAGGUAUUCGAUCAUGCAAAUUUGUCUAAUUGGAAUGUCGCUCUUGUAGGUUUAUUCUUAAUAGAUAUUCGGUACUUUGUCGUAACCAUGAGCGUUCAUGGGCAGUCUAGGAUGGUAUAAUAUAAACUUUUCUCAAUGCGAA